AUGAAAUGGCAGUCAUUUGUUACUGAGUUUAAGGGAAUCGGAAGUGUUGAAAUUCCAACACAGCGACAUCAAGUGACAGCGGCGAAAUUAUCACGAUCACAGACUAAUCUUCAGCAAGAAUAUCAAGAAGCUCAGAAGGCAUUACUAGAAACGUAUCGUAAAGAGCAAAUGACCGGAACGAAAGCGUCAAUGCGUAAGGAACAACGAAAAACAAAGAAUGAUAAAGUGGUACCAAUAGAAGCGAGUGUUAUUCAAAAUGUACAAAAGGAUGAUCAAGCAUUAGAUGUUGAAGUUCCUGAUAAUAACGUGAAGGAAAUUAUACAAGGGACGAAAAUUGCAGAAACUGAGACAGGAAAACCAGAAGUUGAAGAAGUUGCUUCUCGGUCAGUAUAUGCAUUCCUCAGUGAUGAGGUUUUGAAAAUUAAACAAUUGGUGGAAAAUCCUGUACCAAAAGAGGAUGAAAUUGACACAGCUGAUUAUGUCUUUAUGCAACCCCUCUAUGCACGUACAUACGGAGCCGUUGAAACAGAAAGUCGAGAUAUGACAGAGAAAUAUAUGAUGAAUAUGCUUCCGGAAGAGUACUUUGAUAGAGCAAUGGAUGAUGGCGCAGAAUACGUUGCAAGUAUGCCAGUAAAUAAAAGCAAAGAAAAUAUAGGAGGUGCCGAAAAGUUGCUAAAAAGUUCGUCGAAAUCAAAGAAAAGCAGAGGUCAAAAAUAGUAAAGGAGAAUUCUCCCCAUCCCGAUUCCGGUGAUAUUGCACAUUUAUGUAAUUUUGAAAACAAAUGCAUUCCUUGUGUUAAAUUACAUUCAAUAAUGUAGUAA